AUGAGUUUAUCAAGCACAUACCUUUCCAAAUCCACUUCAAACGAGCGAGUACCAACAUGUUUACUUCUCAGUGGCAUCAGUGGCAGCCUCCCGCACAUAGUUUGUGCCGAUGUGGAUACCAGGAGUGGCCGAGGGGUAGGCCGCGCUGUUCCACUGGCCAUUGUUGUACCGGUUUUUGUAGCCAUUGUUCAACUGGCCGUUGUUGUAGCCGUUGUUCCACUGGCCGUUGUUGUAGCCGUUGUUCCACUGGCCGUUGUUGUACUGACCGUUGUUGUACUGGCCGUUGUUGUACUGGCCGUUGUUGUACUGGCCGUUGUUGUACUGGCCGUUGUUGUACUGGCCGUUGUUGUACUGGCCGUUGUUGUACUGGCCGUUGUUGUACUGGCCGUUGUUCCACUGGCCGUUGUUCCACUGGCCGUUGUUGUAGUUGUCGUUGCCGUUCCAGUUGCGAGCAAUCACGACCGACGAGGGGGUAGGACGCAGGCCGCCGCGGUAGCCGUUGUUCCACCGGCCAUUGUUGUAGCCGUCGUUGUAGUUUCCGUUCCAUUCAUUCUCACAGUUCCAGUUGUCGCCGUUGUUCCAGUUGCCGAUGCGGUUGCAGCCGCGGUUAGAGUUCCACCAUGCAUUGGUGUGCUGGACCCAGUUGCGCUUCAAGACGACCGCCGAGGGAGUGGGCACGUCAAGAAUGGUCUCGCCGUCGUUCCACUCGUCGUCGUUGUAGCCCUCAUUGUUAUAGCCCUCGUUGCUGUAGCCAUUGCUGUAGCCAUUGUUGUAACCCUCGUUCCCGUAGUUCUCGCCAUAUUCCCCGCCGUUGUUGUACCACUUGCGCUCCAGAGUCACAGAGGGAAUAUCGAGCUCCUCGUCGUUAUUGUAGCCUUCCUCGCUGUAGCCAUUGUUGUAGCCGGGCUCACCCUCUCGGUACCACUUGCGGUCCAAAUGCACCGUAGGAAGGUCGAGCAGGUCGUCAUCCUCAUAGCCAUGGUUGUAGCCGUAGCCAUUGUCGUUGUUGUACUCAUCGCCGCGGUACCACUUGCGCUCAAGUGUGACCGACGGAGUGGGUAUGUGGAUCACAUCGUUGUCAUGGAAGCCCUCCUCGCCGUAACCAUUGUUGUAUCCUUCCUCGCCAUCGCGGUAGCCAUCAUAGUUGCGCGCCAGGUUUAUAUGAGGAUGCAUCAGCGCAUUCAUAUUGCGGUGCUCCCAGUUGGGGCGGCGGUAGCGGUACCUUCCCCGCCAGUUCCGGCGCAGGUGCACGUUGCCUGCGUUAAGGGCGCCGGCGCCGAGGCCAGCACCAGCUCCCGCACCAACGCCUGCUCCGAGGCCAGCUCCGACGCCUGCGCCCAGACCCGCGCCGACACCUGCGCCAGUGCCCACACCCGGAACGCCCACUCCAGGAAUGCCGACACCGGGUCUCGCCGCCCCAAUGCCCCCAGCCCCGACACCGUUGUGGGGAUAGGUCUGUCCGGGCAUGUACUGACGCGCAUAGUUGCCCUGGGAUUCGGAAUUGGGGUCGGAUUGCUCAGGCAGAAAGCUGGGAUCGAUAGGGACGGCGAGGGCCGUCAAGGGAGAGGCGGCCAAGAAGAGAAGGCCGUUGAUCCAGGAGUAGCGCAUGUUGGGUGUCAAGACUUGCUGUCUUCACUGGGGCAAAAAGAAGAAAUUGAGAGUGUUCUCGAAUAUAUGAUCUCGAGAGCUGUGCUGGCUGGAGAUGAAAACCAAAACUGGUCGAGCAGGGUGUAUUUAUACCUCCGCUUGCAGAGCCUAACAUGUCAUACCACAGAGGUGAUCUUGCUUCUAGAACAGCUCGCCGAGCUGUCUGCCCUAGCUUGUGCCAAUGCAUCACGCUGUCUGGACUGGCGACGGUGUUUGAUCUGCAAGGGACAGCAGUGA